CGAGAAUUUACCGGUAGCUCUUAAACCCUAAUUCCUUUUCUUCAAAAUCUGCUGUGUUAAAACCCUACCGUUCUUCUUCGAUCUAAAAUGACAGGAGAAGCGGUGAAUCCCAAAGCCUAUCCUUUGGCUGAUGCGCAGCUUACUAUUACUAUUCUUGAUCUUGUUCAGCAAGCUGCUAACUACAAGCAGCUAAAGAAGGGCGCGAAUGAAGCUACUAAGACGCUGAAUAGAGGGAUUUCGGAGUUUGUAGUGAUGGCUGCGGACACUGAGCCGCUUGAAAUUCUUCUCCAUCUUCCCUUGUUGGCGGAAGAUAAGAAUGUGCCGUAUGUAUUUGUCCCUUCAAAGCAAGCUCUUGGCCGAGCAUGCGGAGUCACGAGACCUGUAAUAGCGUGUUCUGUAACAACAAACGAAGGAAGCCAAUUGAAAUCCCAGAUACAGCAACUGAAGGAUGCCAUUGAGAAGCUGUUGAUCUGAAAUGUUAUAUUCUAUAUGGCAUUCGGUAUGAUGGGCUUCUUUGAUCGUCAUGGUCGCUGCUCUUGAGGCUUUGACUGAAGUUGUUGUGCAAUUAGGGAAAAAGAAUAUCUUUGGUAUUGACCUAUAUAUUGAGUUUCUUUUUCUUUUUUCUUUUUUUUCUUCUUUUUUUCUAAUUUUGUUUCCAUUAAGAGUGGGACAAAACACUCAUACAAUUUUAAUGCACGGUUUAUUAUGCUAAUUUUACCACCUUUAUCCUCGUGAGUUUACUGUUGAA